AUGCCAGCCGAAUACGUAGACCUCUCGCAAACUCUUGAUCCAAACACCCCAGUGUAUCCUGGCGACCCUAUAUUCAGCUGCUGCCCAACUCUGACCAUCGAACACGACGGAAAUAACGUUACGUCCAUCUCGAUGGGCUCACACACUGGCACCCACGUCGACGCCCCUUACCAUUUCAUACAAGACGGGAAGCGCAUUGACGAAGUUCCACUCUCUCGCUUCGUUGGUUCUGCAGUUGUAGUGGACGUAUCGAACAAAGCCGCCAAACAGCCAUUUGUCUGGAGCGACUUGCAACCAUAUGAAGAGAGACUGCGCAGAUAUGUCUCGGAGGAUGCUAGUGUCAUCCUGUUGGUACGGACAGACUGGUCAAGGCACUGGGGGACUGACACGUUCUUCGAACAUCCAUACCUGGAUCGCGAGGCGGCCGAGCGCGUCAUCACGACUGGCGUCAGGACCAUAGGUAUCGACACCCUCAGUCCCGACCCGACGCACCUCGACCCGCACGCAGAGGCCGACUUUGCCGUGCAUCAGGUCAUCCUCGGUGCUGGAGGUAUCAUCGCGGAGAAUCUUAGCAACCUUGGGGCGAUACAGGACGGUGACUGGAUCAUCGGCAGAUGCGAUGGCUCGCCCGUGCGUGCUUUCGCUUGGAGACGGACGUGCGGGACUCGGUGA